GCCUGUUGGCUGAGCCCAGUCCGGAUGUUCCACAGUAGCAGUGAAUGUGGACACCGAGCUAGACAGGGAGGGGUACAUAGACUUAACCAGACCGGGUUCUCUCUUUUUUUCCAAAGUCUUCAUUCUUUAUCUUUUAUUUUCUUUUAAAUCAACGUUACGUAUCUUAUGCAACACAACGGUUGUAAACUUACGGUUACAGACAGGACGCUGCCUUUCCACCCCCCUUGGGACGAUUAAGCAUUGUGAAAAGAACACCAGAAGAAAGGAGGAGAAGCAAGAUGGAGCGAUAAAUAAUAAUAAUUAAAAAGAGAGAAAAGGAAGGGCUGUACACCGACGAUGACUCCUUGGGAGGAUCCGUGAAGCAUAUUUAUUUUUUUAUUUAUCCCCCUCCUGCUUCCUUUUGUCUUUUUUUCUUGCUUUCCCCCACCUCCUCUGCUACUUUAAGGACGUUGUUUAUACGGUUAGCGGGGCACCUUUCCAGAAAUAGCGUAAUGGACCAAGCGGACAUCCUGAGAAAGUUUAUCCAGGGCGUGAAAACCAUGACUGAGGGGGACGACGAGAGAGGAGAGGACAACUUCGGCAGCGACUUUAUGCGUCUGAGGCGAUUAUCCACCAAGUACCGCACGGAGAAGAUCUAUCCGACCAACGUCGGAGAGCGUGAGGAAAACGUCAAGAAGAACCGAUAUAAGGACAUACUACCAUUUGAUCACACUCGAGUGAAGCUGACUUUAAAGACAACCAAUCAGGACACAGAUUACAUCAAUGCCAAUUUCAUCAAGGGUAUGGAUGGCCCAGAAGCCUACAUUGCAACUCAGGGCCCGCUGCCCAACACAGUGGUGGACUUCUGGAGGAUGAACUGGGAGUACAACGUAGCUGUUAUUGUGAUGGCCUGUCGAGAGUUUGAAAUGGGAAGGAAAAAAUGUGAGCGGUAUUUCCCACUGCUCGGGGAGCCUGUCAGUUUCGGAUCUUUCAGAAUCUCCUGUGAAUCGGAGCAGGCCAGGACUGACUACUCCAUCCGGACUCUGCUGGUGGAGUAUGAAAACGAAACUCGGAGAAUAACACAGUUCCAUUACAUCAACUGGCCCGACCACGACGUCCCCUCGUCGUUUGACUCCAUCCUGGACAUGAUAGGUCUCAUGAGAGAGUACCAAGAGAAUGACGACGUCCCUAUAUGCGUGCACUGCAGCGCUGGCUGUGGGAGGACGGGCGCCAUCUGCGCCAUUGACUACACGUGGAACCUACUCAAGGCCGGGAAAAUUCCAGAAGAUUUCAAUGUGUUCCGCUUGAUCCAGGAAAUGAGGACACAGCGCCACUCCGCUGUUCAGACCAAGGAGCAGUACGAGUUGGUCCACAGAGCAAUAGCGCAGCUCUUUACCAAACAACUACAGCUACUGGAGAGCCCCACAAACGUGCAGAUACAUGAUGUUAUGGAUGAAAGUAGCCCAGACAAAGCAGGCCACCAGUCAGAUGACGAGCGAUGGGACACGCCUCCUCCGAAACCACCACGCAUACGCAGUACCCAAGUGGAGGGUGACGUCAAAGAGGAGAUACUGCAGCCCCCCGAGCCUCAUCCGGUGCCCCCCAUACUGACCCCGUCCCCGCCGUCAGCAUUCCCCACGGUCACCAGCGUUCGCCAGGACAAUGACCGCUACCACCCCAAACCUGUCAUACACGUCCUGGCUACCACGCAACAGAAUGCCACGCAGAAUGAAGGUGCAGAGCAGAAGAAGAACCCAUCAGAAGCCUCUCCCAACACUCAGACCAGUCCAUCAGAACCAAAAGACCAAAAACAGCAGACCCAAAUCUCCAAUUUAGAUCUCAAUGAAAACUACAACAACAAAGUACCUACGGCGACGACAAAGUCCGAUUUGGGUCAAAGCCUGACUCCCUCGUCCCCUCUUUCGCCCGCCGCCGAGUGCUGUGGUGUGCCACGCAUCGAGAGGAAGCUCAGCAUCGAGAUUAAGAAGGUUCCUCUGCAGGAAGGACCUCGUAGUUUUGACACUUCCUCCUCCUCCGUGGGAGUAGGUGGCGGCGGUGUUGGCGGCGGCUCGACCAACAGUGGUGCUGCGCUGCAGCGAUGCCACGCGUUCAAGGCUCGCUCCGGACACACCCUGCUCACGUCCAGCUCUUCACUGUCCGAGGAUUCAGGCACGGAGGCGGGAGCGGGUGGAUGCAGGGAGACUGGAGUGGACGGAGGACCACCGCCAAGACCCAACCACCUCCCCGUGAAGAGCGACAAAGCGGACCUCAAGUCCGGCCAGGCGACGUGGACUCAACCCUGCAGCAGCCCGGAGAAAGCCUUCCCAAAGACCUCCUCGUCGUCAUCCUCCUCUGAUCACGUCGCCCCGUCCUCCUCCUCGUCCUCCCACCUCUCCUCCUCAUCUUCAUCCUCAUCCUCCACUCCAGUUCGGACUGCCCUGAGCUUCACCAACCCUCUCCACUCGGACAACUCUGAUGACGAAGACGGCGACGGCGAAAUGUCCGCCGCAGGAAGGGAGUGUUAUCACACCAGUGUUUCCACGGCAACGGUUGCAUCCCUUCACUUUGGAGAUCACCACCUGGUGCGGAAGGUGUCGCCCAUGUCCAUCGCGGGGCAGAGCUCCUCGCCGCCCACUGCGGCCACAGCAAACUGCUCGGACAGUGACGACUCCCCUCCCCCUCUCCCAGAGAGGACCCCCGAGUCCUUCAUAAUGGCCACAGACACUCCAGAAGUGCAGACAUCCUCCUCGGCUGAGUGGAGUGGUUCACACAAAGAUAUGUCCGAGUGUGUCAGGAAGGCGGCUGACAACGCAGCAGCCGACAACAAGGCAGACCUCGGUGGGGUUCGGUAACCGCUACAUUCCACCCAAAGGCCCUCGACAACCCCCCUUGGAGUGGACAUGACGGUGCUCUGUCCACAGCGAUGUCGUGUCGUCCCCUUCGGAGACGGACUAAGAUCUAAGACCCGGGUGGUCCGAAGCCAAGCUGAAAAGCCUGCCGGGAUCCCCUCUUCUUCCUCCUUUUUCUUCCUAUUCCUCCUCCCUCUUUCUCCACACCGCAAAGGAGGACGCAGAGGCUCAAAUCCCGCAUCGUCCACUUCGGCUUGCUGAUGUUUCUGGAUGCUGACGUGUGGGAUUAAAUAGGGACUGUUGUUGUCUUUGACCAAAUGGAAGCCUUCCUAUAGUCGGCGCUCAAACCGGAAGGUGUCCUCAACAAUCUUGAAAGCGAAGUGAGAUAAUCUUUUACUCUUUUUUUCUGUGAGCUGGUGCUACAUUUUUUUUUUUUAAGGAUGAGCGUAGAAACCCAAAGGCGAGAUUGUGUCCCCCGCCCUCUCUUGUCUUGGUUUAUGUAGGGAUGCAUUAGCUUCAGUGACCUCUUUGCUGACCUCUUAGUUUUUUUUCCACCAGAGUCUCAGAGUGAUGCGUUUGGUUUUUUAGCAGCGGUCCUAAUCUGAUGUGAAAUAUUUCCAACAACCAACAAGGCAGGAAUCACAAUGUUUAUUAUUUAAGGUAGAACUCCACGUAAAAUGAUCGAGAGUGAUGAACAAGGACCAAACAAGUCUCCUCUAAGACUCUGGUUCUCACUGCUGGGACCAUGAGCCGGCCUUAAGUCUGUCUCUUCAUUCAAAAGACAGUCCUUCUUAGCUUUACUUUCUCUCUCUAGAAUCACAAUCUUUCCAACCACCGCAGUCCAUAUUCAUUGGGAGCAGCCUGAUUUGUUUUGUGUUAUGUUGCACAUGAGACGGAUACUAUUGUCGGACUUGACCGACACCGAAAUGUCUGCAGUCCACAGGCUUCUCGAAGCUAACUGCUAACUUUCCACUUUUAUCCUCUACUACAGUAUAUGCAUCAUUUUUUUUAUAAUUGUACAGGUCAGUUCAGAUCUAUUUUAGGAGACAUUUUCUUUACUUUUAACAGAAGAUGUAAGAAAGUCCCUACACAAAUUGUAAAUUAUUUUUUUCUGCCCUUUUUUUUUUGUCUUUGGAUAAUAUUUCAGGGUUAUUUUAAUUAUAUGCUUAAAAGAAAGAUUGUUUUAAUUAGCUGACUGCCAUUGGGCUCUGUUCAAGAUUGUAAUAAUAAUGUUAAUGAUAAUAAUAAUAAUUGUUUUUUUUUUCCUCUAUUGUAAAUGCUAUUUUAAAGGUUAUUUUUGUAUGCGCAGUUGUUUUGUUGCCUCAUGUCCGCACCAUUCUCUCUCCCUCUCUUUCUCUCUCUCUCUUUCUCUCCAUGCAAUCACUACAUCAGGUCACGGUCUUAUCCAAAACAACUGUUCUAUUUAUCGUUUCUUGUCCAUCAGACUCAGUAUGCACACACUCCUCCAUCUUGGAACGAGCCCACCUGUGCCUUUUUAAGAGAACGCCUUGCCCCCCUCCGCCCCGUCCCCAUCCCCAUCCCCAUCCACUCUUCCAACUCACUCCUCAAUUUCUGUCAUUUGUUUUUCUUCUCGUCUCCCUCUCAAACACACAAAAUGUUUGUAUGUUGCAGAAAUCAAUCAGUAAAAUGAACAUUAUAAUAUACACAGGCC